AUGAGUUUUCUCUGUCCUUUCUCUCUUCUAGAGUGUUUCACGGCCAAUGGUGCGGACUACAGGGGAAUGCAGAACUGGACCUCCCUGCCGGGCGGGAAGCCAUGCCUGUUCUGGAACGAGACUUUCCAGCACCCGUACAACACUCUGAAGUACCCCAAUGGGGAGGGGGGCUUGGGUGAGCACAACUAUUGCAGAAACCCGGAUGGAGAUGUGAGCCCCUGGUGCUACGUGGCUGAGCAUGAGGACGGGGUCUACUGGAAGUACUGUGAGAUUCCUGCUUGCCAGAUGCCUGGAAACCUUGGCUGCUACAAGGAUCAUGGAAACCCACCGCCUCUGACUGGGAGCAGCAAGACAUCCAACAAGCUCACCAUUCAAACCUGCAUCAGCUUUUGCCGGAGCCAGCGCUUCACGUUCGCAGGGAUGGAGUCUGGCUAUGCUUGCUUCUGUGGAAACAACCCUGACUACUGGAAGUAUGGGGAGGCCGCCAGUACCGAGUGCAACAGCGUCUGCUUCGGGGAUCACACGCAGCCCUGCGGUGGCGAUGGCAGGAUCAUCGUCUUUGAUACUCUCGUGGGCGCCUGCGGCGGCAACUACUCCGCCAUGACGGCGGUGGUCUACUCCCCGGACUUUCCCGACACCUACGCCACAGGCCGGGUCUGCUACUGGACCAUCCGAGUGCCGGGGGCCUCCUCCAUCCACUUCAACUUCACCUUGUUCGACAUCCGGGAUUCCGCAGACAUGGUGGAGCUGCUGGACGGCUACACGCACCGAGUCCUGGCCCGGUUCAGCGGCCGCAGUCGGCCCCCGCUGUCCUUCAACGCGUCGCUGGACUUCGUUAUUCUGUAUUUCUUCUCCGACCGCAUCAACCAAGCCCAGGGAUUUGCCCUCCUGUACCAAGCUGUCAAGGACGAGCAGCCACAGGAGAGGUCCACUGCCAACCAGACCCUGGCCGAGGGCAUCACCGAGCAGGCCAACCUCAGUGUCAGUGCUGCCCGGUCCUCCAAAGUCCUCUACGUCAUCACCACCAGCCCCAGCCACCCGCCACAGACGGUCCCAGGAUGGACUGUGUACGGCCUGGCCACGCUCCUCAUCCUCACGGUCACAGCCAUCAUCGCCAAGGUACUUCUACACGUCACGCUCAGGUCCCAUCGCAUUCCUGCCUCCGGGGACCUUCGGGAUUGCCACCAACCAGGGACUUCCGGGGAGAUCUGGAGCAUUUUUUACAAGCCUUCUACUUCCAUCUCCAUCUUUAAGAAGAAGCUCAAGGGGCAGAGUCCACAGGAUGACCGCAGCCCCCUCGUGAGCGACUAAAGCCUGGCCAAGCACCGAGGACGCCCAGCUGUGGGGCAGAGAGCUCCCGGGCUCUCCAGACUGACGCCCUGGCCCCUCCGGGCCAACAUCCUGCAGCUGGGAGGGCUCUCACUUAGGAGCAAUGGGUCGGGCUCACCCUGCCCCACAACCACAGCGCCCCCUCGCCCAGCCCCACUGCCUCUACCCCUCCACCUCCUGCCCUGGGACCCAGGGGCCUGGACUCAGGCGCCUGCUAGAUGGCCACCCACUGGGGAGUGGGCAUGGGGUGCAAGGGUGGGAUGGGCUAACUCUUCCUUGUUUCUUGUCCACCUUCCUGAUCGUGACCUUUGGAGCAGGGUCAGACAGGGAGAGAAAGCUUGCGGCCUCUGAAAGGUUGGCCACACGCUGGGCAUCAGCACUUCCAGAGUGUACGGAGCUCAGAGCUCGCCCGGCUGACUCCGGCCGAGAAAGGGGUGUGGAGACAACUUUGUUUCCGUAACUCACGACCAGCAGAGCAAGCUUGAGCGGUCACGUACACACGCUGAUUCUGUUGCUGCAAUGGACCAUUCUAGAAGUAGCUGUUGGCACCCAGUCAGCGCUGCUCGUGCGUGCGUGCUGGUGGGCCUCAGGGCCAGGUCCUGGCCCACCCCACAUCCCACCUGCGCCCCCCACCCCAGGAACCCCAGAGCCUACAUGCCUGCUCCACUGACUGCAGGUUCAAGAAGGUAGAAAGCCCCUGAAGCUGUCUCCUGUGGGCCUGGAAGUCUUGGGCGUGGGAGGGCUGGUGCAGGGGGAGCACCUAAAAUGGAAGGCACCAACUGGAGUGGGGGCCGGCAGCCCUCAUCUGGGCCUCAGAGCAUUUGUCAGCAGCAGCUGCACGAGCAGCAGGCUGGGCCACUGGGCCGAGCGCCGCCCUCCCCAAGGCUUUGGGCUCAGGCCUUGUUGAAGGCCAACGCUGCCUCCCCCAGUCACUGCUGGCCACAGCCCUUCCCCAGGCUCGGCCCCGCCAGCAAGGCUCCUGUGCCCGGCCACGCCCGGAGGUCGGUGGGCAGAUGGCCAGCAGCAGCCUGAGUCCAGGGGGUGCUCAAAGCUGGCAGACAGAAGCGCCAGAGGAGGGUGGGAUGUUCCAGGCGCCAUGGGGACGGCACAGCUGCCUGGCACUGUCCUCCCGCUUUGAUCUAGAAAGGACAAGUGUCCGGGAGCAGCUGCUGCCCACAGGCCCUGGUGCUGAGGGCCCUGGCCGUGGACGGCAUGUCUGUCUCCCCUGCUCCCCCAGCUUUUAUGGCCCCUCCUGGGUGACCCAGGUGCCAGGUGGGGUUCAUAGAAGGCACCAUGCAGGGGGAGCCCCGGCAGCAGCACAGAGGGGAGGACUCUAGCAAGGGAGCAGGAAGGGCUUAUCUAACGAGAGGGGCUCAGCUCCCGGGCACCACGCUUGCCCGCCAGCCUCCACCUCAUGCCUCAGGCUCUGAGCUGGGCACUUCUGAAAGCCUGCGACGGAGCUGCCUUCACCAGAAUGACUGCUGUGGUGCCCAGCUGCCUCCCCCUGACCCCAGUGCAGCCCUGGGCAACCCCUGCCCAACUGGCUACAGUGCAGGGAAAAUCCCAAACCAAACCCACUGCCAGCGUGUCGGU